CGAGUUCUCAUGAAUUCUCCCAGGAGCGCUUGCUCUUCCUCUUCCUGUUAGCGGCGUGAGGUGACCUGUGAAAAUGGUUCGCUACUCUCUCGACCCAGAAAACCCUACAAAAUCAUGCAAGUCAAGGGGUUCAAAUCUUCGUGUUCACUUUAAGAACACCCGUGAAACUGCUCAAGCCAUCAAGGGCAUGCAUAUCCGAAAAGCCACUAAGUAUUUGAAAGACGUCACUUUAAAGAAGCAGUGUGUGCCAUUCCGGCGAUACAAUGGUGGAGUUGGUAGGUGUGCCCAGGCUAAACAGUGGGGCUGGACACAGGGUCGGUGGCCCAAAAAGAGUGCUGAAUUUCUGCUGCACAUGCUUAAAAAUGCAGAGAGUAAUGCUGAACUUAAGGGUUUAGAUGUGGAUUCUCUGGUCAUUGAACAUAUCCAGGUGAACAAAGCACCCAAGAUGCGCCGCCGUACUUACAGAGCUCAUGGUCGGAUUAACCCUUACAUGAGCUCUCCUUGCCACAUUGAGAUGAUCCUCACGGAAAAGGAACAGAUUGUUCCAAAACCAGAAGAGGAGGUUGCUCAGAAGAAAAAGAUAUCCCAGAAAAAGCUGAAGAAACAAAAACUUAUGGCACGGGAGUAAAUUCAGCAUGAAAAUAAAUGGAACUAAAAGGAC